UCUCUAGUCCUUCCAAAUAUUCCAUCACUCUUAAAGCGACCAAACAAAGCAGCUUCGACAAUUCGCACUUGACUAACCUCAAUUCGAAGUCAGUGUCAAAGACAACGCGGUCUCGUCAAUUUCCUCGUGCGAAACACAAGCGAGCAAGCGAGCAUCCACCCCGUGCUUUCCUAGCUCAGAGUGCCAAGACACAUUCGAAUGGCACCUUCUCACUUCACAACCAACGAAACACCUUCUUGCCGUAGGAGCUCAACCAAGAUGCUGCUUUCCUAUCUCAACAAUGCAGGCUUCUCUUCUCCAUCCUUACAAACGACACCAUUCAGAUCACCACGUGCUGCCAAUGGUCUCCAGAUUCCAGAUCCAGAACUUGUACCAUCAUGGUGUCUGAUGCUACUACUUCCCUAUCUCCUGUGCCUCAACAACCGUGUUCCAACUGAGGUACGUGCGAGUCUGACAAAUGGCGAGGGUCAAGAUGCAACGGCCGUGGACAAUACUACAAGAAAAAAGGCGUUGAACGGCCAGAAAAAUGCUGGAAUCGACCGAAGAGAGCUCCGAUCAAAUCUCCAAGAGAAAAGACAGCAAAUCUCUUACACAAUUUUAAGGACAUGGUUGGGGAGGAGCUUUGAAAGCAUUCCGUACUUGGAAAUACUCUUGAUAAGAAAGCUGGAGCUCAGGAAGUCGAGCAAUCAUGGAAGCAAUUUGCAGAACAGUACUCGAUCGUUUCCAAUAAUGGACGAGUAUGGCAUGGUUCUUACGAGAAAGUACAACGAUAUGAGGUAAAUGAAAAAGAACUCAUGCCAUUCCAAGCAAGUCCCAAUUGCGCCAAGAGCAUGAUAUGGCAUGAAGGCGUAUGGAGGUAUCAUGCAGGCCCCAACAUUCAUCCAACUGCGUUGUACUUGAACUACCUAGCCGAUAUGUAUCAAAGGCGUGUACUGAAAGUGUAUCACAAGCUUGCGACCUCGCAAACCGACAAGCAACGGGCAGAUUUGAUCCUUCGAGCUGAUCAUUUAUAUCUCAUCAACGCCAUGGUUCCAUGGGAAAGAAAGA